UUGUUUUUUUUUUUUUUUUUUUUAAUAAGCGUCCGUUCGGUGCUCGUGCUCGUGUUCCAGUAAAGUUGCUCAGAAUUCCGGGGACUUGAGUCGUGACGGCGGCAUGGAUGGAUCCGGUGCGUUUUUUGGCGCAGUCGGCGCGCGCCGUCCCGCCGGUUUGCGGUGCGGCUGGAGGCUCUUCUUGCUUCUCAGCAUCUUCUUCCACAACUACCUGAGCUCCAUGCUGGACUGCCCGCCCACCUGCUCCUGCUCCACCACCGACAUCUACUGCAAUAAGUCCGACAACGAGAAAUGGUUCCCGCUGCUGUCCUUCCAUGGACUCGCCGGGAACGGCACCGGGAGCAUCGAGGACCUGUUCCAGAACAUCAGCUCCAUACACAUUGAGAACUGGUCCGAUCUCCAGACGCUGCGAGAUGUGGACAUGGAGCUCUACACCGGUUUACAGAGACUAACCAUUACGAAAAGCAACCUGCACACGAUCCAGCCUCGUGUUUUCUCCAAGAACCCACACCUGCGAUACAUAAACCUGUCGAAGAACCCGAUGCUGACCUCGCUGUCCUGGCAGAUCUUUGACCAUCUGCAGCUCUUAGAACUUCGUUUGGAGGAGGUGGUGUUUGACUGCGGCUGUGGGAUUCGCUGGCUGCAGUUGUGGCAGCAGCGAGGAGAGGCGGGGCUUAGCACCCAACAGCUGUACUGCAAUGACAGCAGCCGCAAGAUCUCACUGCAGGACAUGAACAUCAGCGGGUGUGAUCUUCCUGACAUCAGCGUCAGCCACAGUAACCUCACCGUUAUUGAAGGCGAUCGAGUCACAGUGACCUGUAACGGCUCUGGAUCCCCGUUACCGGAGGUGGACUGGCCCGUUAACGGCUUGCACUCCAUUAAUACGCAGGAGGCUAAAGUCUACGACCCAACGAUUCACUCCAUCACCUUAACGUUGGUCAACGUGAGCAGAGACGACAACAGCUUCCUGCUUACCUGCACGGCUACCAACAUCGUGGGCAUGACCAACGCUUCGGUCCAGCUCACUGUCCAAUUUCCUCCAUCCAUCGUGAGACUGAAGGAGCCCGAACGCCGCCACGACACCUGCAUCGAGUUCACCGUCCGAGGGUGGCCUCACCCGACCUUACGCUGGUUCUACAAAGAUAAGGAAAUCUCCCACACCGAGUAUGUGCGCCCGGAAAUGGAUUUUUUCCAGGACUACAUAGAAGGCUGCCUAACCUUUAAAAAUCCAACGCACCAUGAUAACGGCAACUACACUUUGGAGGCCAGCAACUACCUGGGUGUGGCCAACAGCACCGUGUACGGGCACUUCCUGGACAAGCCCUUUGACUUUGAUGUGGAUUAUGAUUACGAUGGAAACAGAGGAACUCCAACUCCAGGGACUCACAGGCCGGACGAAGACACGUUCGGGGUCUCCAUCGCGGUCGGAAUAGCGGGAUUCGCCUGCUUGAUGCUGGUGGCUCUCUUCCUUCUCAUCAACAAGUAUGGACGACGAUCCAAGUUCGGUAUGAAAGGUCCAGUGGCAGUGAUAAGUGGUGAGGAAGACUCUGCCAGCCCCCUUCAUCACAUUAACCACGGGAUAAUCAGCCCCUGCACGCUGGACGCUGGCUCGGAUGCUGUGGUGAUCGGAAUGACCAGGAUUCCCGUCAUCGAAAACCAGCAGUACUUCAGACACGGACACAACUGCAACAAACCCACCACCUAUGUCCAGCACAUCAAACGGCGGGACAUCAUUUUGAAGCGGGAGCUCGGAGAGGGAGCGUUCGGAAAAGUCUUCCUGGCUGAAUGUUACAACCUGAGUCCCACCAAGGACAAGAUGCUGGUGGCCGUGAAGACACUGAAGGAUCCCACUCUUGCCGCCAGGAAGGAUUUCCAGCGUGAAGCUGAACUGCUGACAAAUCUCCAGCACGAGCACAUCGUCAAGUUUUACGGCGUUUGUGUGGACGGCGAUCCACUCAUCAUGGUCUUUGAGUAUAUGAAGCACGGAGAUCUGAACAAGUUCCUCAGGGCUCACGGACCCGACGCCAUGAUCCUGGUGGACGGACAGCCUCUGCAGACUAACGGGGAGCUGGGUUUGUCUCAGAUGCUUCAUAUAGCCAGUCAGAUCGCCGCCGGAAUGAUCUACUUGGCGUCGCAACACUUUGUGCACCGCGAUCUGGCAACCAGGAACUGCCUGGUGGGGAACGGACUUCUGGUGAAGAUCGGAGAUUUUGGAAUGUCUCGAGAUAUUUACAGCACAGAUUAUUACAGGGUGGGCGGGCACACCAUGCUCCCGAUCCGCUGGAUGCCACCAGAGAGCAUCAUGUACAGGAAGUUCACCACCGAGAGCGACGUGUGGAGCUUCGGCGUUAUUCUGUGGGAGAUCUUCACUUAUGGAAAACAGCCGUGGUUCCAGCUGGCCAACAAUGAGGUGAUUGAGUGCAUCACACAGGGCCGGGUCCUGGAGCGACCCCGACUCUGUCCUAAGGAGGUCUAUGACAUGAUGCUGGGCUGCUGGCAGCGGGAACCGCAGCAGCGCCUCAACAUUAAGGACAUUCAGAAGAUGCUGUUCGCGCUGAUGAAGGCCACGCCCGUCUACCUGGACAUACUGGGCUAGAGGCGGAACGCUCAGAGAGGGAUGGGAUGUGUGGACUGGACGCAUUCUGGAAUACCACUGUGUUCUUUGGAUAAUGCGGUCUGGCAGCGGUGGCAUCUCUGAGGGAAAACCAAGAACUGUGAUUAGGAACGAGACUGUUCCUCGUGUUUAACUGCCC